AUGGAGGGUUUCGACGACGCCGCUCCCGAGGCGCGAGAGCAACGCGAGGAUCGCGGACCUCGCAUUCCUCCUGCCAAACUUUCAACCAUCAAUGCCACUCCCGCGAUCUCCAUCUUCUACAAACCCGACAAGCGAAGCCCCGUCACGCUGCUUGAUAGCAAGUUCCCACGCGAUGCCGCCAUGAUCUUCUGCGACCGCAUUCGUCACGAUAUCAUGGACAACGGUAGCAAAUCUUUCACCAUCGUAGGCGGCGAUCUGAAUGGCCACAAGCUAGUUCUUGCUUGGAUCAGUCAGUGCGUUGAAGAGCAGAGUAUCGUCAAGUUCAAGGACCUCGAUGAAUCCAUUCCUGGCUUCUUCACGACCUAUGCCAAUGUCAUCCUCUCGAGCUACUAUCUCGGAAUCCCUGCUCGCGACCUCUCGGACCACCUCCUCAAACGAAUGACCGCCAUCGCCCGCAAGCAACUCAUGACCUGGGACGAAGUGGACUGGUUCUAUGAGACCGCCUUUCCUUCCACUGUUCCCCAGGAGAAAGAAGCCGCCCUCCGCGGUGUCGCUGCUGCCUCCAUCUUCUGGGGCUGGUGGGCCGCCAAACUGGACAGUGAGGAGACGCCUGGGGAAAUGCGCGUUCUUGACGUGAUGAGGCAGGAGAACAAGAAACUGGACGACGACUUGCACGCUUGGUGCGAGCGGAAUGAGAAAGACGUGAGACGAAAGUGGGACGAGAAGAGCAAGGCCAAGAAGUAUGGUGCUCAAACCUCAAAUGGCGAUGGUGACGGAGCGGGAUGGGAUCAACCUGCUGCUACCACGGAAGGCAAUAGUGGUGGUUGGGACAAUGCUGUUGCCGAAAACGGUGCUUCGGGUGGGUGGGACGUCGCUGCGCCCAUUGCCAUGGCCGGGCGGGACAACUCUGCGGCCGCAACUUCCUCCAAAGGUAUCGGCGCCAACACCUGGGACUCGGCCGACGCGUUGAACGAUAACGACGCUCCUUUUGCCCCACCAAACUCUCUCGCGAGUCCCGAAUUCAGCAGUGCUAAGAACACUCAUACACCUUUGCUUCCUCUGAGCGAGAUCACGAAUGCCACGCCCUUCGGUGAGAACGACGGCUUUGGUGGGACUACCGGUGGAGGUGGCGACUGGGCGGACGAGGUCAAUGCAGAGGUAGUCGACCAAGGACAGCAUUAUCACAGUAAUCAAGGGCAUCAGCUUGGGAAUAAUCAGUGGUAG